AUGGACCCUCUCUACAACGGCACCGACUGUAACGGGACGGGCGUCUCCGUGAACUGCAGCGACGGCUUCAACCAGUUCGUCCAGCCGCUGUGGCAGAUCACACUGUGGGCUGUGGCGUACUGCAGCAUGGUGGCGGUGUCUGUGGUCGGUAACGUGGUGGUUAUCUGGAUUAUUCUGGCCCAUAAACGCAUGAGGACCGUCACCAACUACUUUCUGGUGAACCUGGCCUUCGCUGAAGCCGCCAUGUCAGCUUUCAACACAGUGAUCAACUUUGCCUACGCCGUUCACAACGAGUGGUACUUUGGUGUGGUUUACUGCCGCUUCCACAACUUCUUCCCUAUCGCCGCCAUAUUUGCCAGCAUUUACUCCAUGACGGCCAUAGCCCUGGACAGAUACAUGGCUAUCAUCCACCCCCUGCAGCAGAGGUUGUCUUCUACAGAGACCCGUGUGGUGAUCGCUGUGAUCUGGAUGCUGGCUCUGCUUCUCGCCUUCCCUCAGUACUACUACUCGUCUACAGCCCUGCUGCCUGGACGCACGGUCUGCUACAUCGACUGGCCCGACUACACCAGUGUGGACUGCAAGAAGAUAUACUAUGUGUGUGUGACACUGCUGAUCUACUUCCUGCCGCUUUGCAUCAUGGGAUGUGCGUACACGACUGUGGGCAUCACCCUCUGGGCGAGCGAGAUUCCCGGAGACUCGUCUGAACACUACAAAGAGCAGCUCAUUGCCAAACGCAAGGUGGUGAAGAUGAUGAUCGUGGUGGUGUGUACGUUCGCUGUCUGCUGGCUGCCCUAUCACAUCUACUUCCUGCUGCACCAGUUCUUCCCCGAUCUGUUCGAGCAGCGCUACAUCCAGCAGGUCUACCUGGCCGUCAUGUGGCUGGCCAUGAGCUCCACCAUGUACAACCCCAUCAUCUACUACUGCCUCAACAGCAGGUUCAGAGCGGGUUUCCAGCAGGCGUUCUGUUGGUGUGCCCCCACCGUCGCCAAGGAGGAGCUGGAGCUCAAAUCACCACGUUACCUGCAAACACAGGCGAGCAUGUACAAAGCCAGUCGGGUGGAGACGGUCGUUUCCACCGCCGCACCAUCCUGUAAUGGAGCAAAAGAGGGCAAAGCUGCCGUCCUGGGCCCCUCACAUCCCGAACCACUCGGAGGUGACGUCCAACAGCUCAGGCUCUGA